GAUCCCGACGAGCUCUGCGCUGCUCUCGCCAUCCUCCAGAACGGCUCUGCCCACAAAUGGGACGAGAAAUAGACUUAAAAUAAGUGACAAUUGAUGGGUGUGGGGAGACGGGGUCACCGACCGUCCGGCCGGGGCCUCGGCAAAGGGGAGCAAAUGGACAAUCGUACGACAGCGCGUCCCCUCAAAAAUCCUUAGCAGCGCUAGCUCUUUAUUUCUCACCACCGCCCAGGCCUACCUCUCUCCUCUACGUCCAUUACAAAAGGGACUCCUUGCCUUGGUCGACGACAACGACCAAAGCUUUCUCAGACGUCCUCGAAGGAGCACUGGUGAUACGGCUACGUUCGGAUUUCACGGUAGCUAAUCGACGAUAGAGUUCAAGAUGUCCAACUCGACCGCGCCCAUACACGAAUCGGCUGCUUUGCUUUACGCCAGCACUGACUUUGCCAAACUCAAUUGGUUGGAGUUGCAAUGGGCUGCUUGGUAUCUUUGGAUUGACAAUCCAAUCAUUGCUACUGGUUUGAUGAGUUUCCUUCUUCACGAGAUCGUCUAUUUCGGUCGCUGCCUUCCAUGGGUCAUCAUCGACGCGACGCCUUACUUCCGCAAGUGGAAGCUGCAACCUAACAAGAUUCCUACCGCUCAGGAACAAUGGGAAUGCACGAAACAGGUUUUAUUCAGUCAUUUCACUAUUGAACUCCCCGCCAUCUACCUUUUCCACCCUAUGGCCGAGUUCUUCGGAAUGUCAACAUGGCAGGUUCCCUUCCCGCCCUUGUCGUCCAUAAUUCCCCAGGUUGCGUUCUUCUUCGUCUUCGAGGACAUGUUCCACUUCUUCGCUCACCGAGCCCUUCAUUGGGGUCCCCUGUACAAGCACAUCCAUAAGGUUCACCACAAAUACUCUGCACCCUUCGGUCUCGCUGCAGAGUACGCUCACCCCGCUGAAGUCUUCAUCCUCGGAACUGGAACCCUUGCUGGUCCUCUGCUCUAUUGCGCAUUCCGCCGUGACCUCCACAUCUUCACCGUGUAUAUCUGGAUCGUACUGCGUCUCUUCCAAGCUGUUGACGCUCACUCUGGCUAUGACUUCCCCUGGUCGCUCCAACACAUCCUUCCCUUCUGGUCCGGAGCGGAACACCACGAUUUCCACCACAUGGCUUUCGUUAACAACUUCUCCACCUCCUUCCGGUGGUGUGACCGUUUCUUCGGCACUGACAACAAGUACCGUGAAUACCGUGCCCGAAUUGAGGCUGCCAAGAAGGCUGGUAUGAGCCCAGAGGAGUUCAAGGCCAUGGAGAAGAAGUUUGCAGAGGACGCUGAACGGGAAGGUAUUGAGGCUGAGAAGGUCGUAGAGGCGUAUCGGUACAGUCUGAAAACCAAGGCUGCAUAGGGUGCCUUUGCAUGUGAUCAUGUGUUGAUGGGGUAUUUGCUUGAAUGCCGGAGGGUCGUUCACUAGACGAUUGAAGUAUGUCUUAUUACGUCGCACAUGCUUAGUGUGCUUUUAAUGUGGGGGCUGGAGAUGGUACUACUUUCGCCUCUGUAAAUAUAUCCAGUACUGUGUCUGUAUCUUGUUCGUCGUGCC